GACAACUUGUACUUUUUAGUUUUUAGGGUUUUUUAACGGUUACAAUCUGUAAACCCUCACCUACGAAACCCUCGAAAAAUCUCCACGCAUGAAGUAACUACAUUCACCGCAUCUGAUGACAAUGGAGAAUCAGAAUACUUUAUCACCAUCGUCACCUCCUCUACCGCCGCCUCCGCCGCCGCCGCCGUCAGAAGAACCCGAUUCGAAAAAGCUCAAAAUGUCCACCACCACCGCCACCACUUCCGAUGACGAAGACCGCACCACCAACACCGCGAACGCAGAGAAAAAGCCCAGAUAUAAACGAAGAAAAAUCGCAAUACUCUUCGCGUACUGUGGAGUAGGCUACCAAGGGAUGCAAAAAAACCCUGGUGCGAAAACCAUUGAAGGAGACCUCGAAGAAGCUCUUUUCUUCUCCGGCGCCGUCCCUGAACAAGACCGGGGUUGUCCAAAGCGUUUUGAUUUUGCGCGAUCUGCCCGAACUGAUAAGGGCGUUAGCGCCGUCGGGCAAGUGGUUUCUGGAAAGUUCUAUGUAGAUCCGCCGGGCUUCGUGGAACGCCUCAACAACAACUUGCCGCCUCAGUUUCGGAUUUUCGGGUAUAAGCGGGUGACGGCGUCGUUCAGUGCAAAAAAGUUCUGCGAUCGACGGAGGUAUGUUUAUCUGUUACCCGUUUUUGCACUUGACCCCACAUCUCAUCGUGACAGAGAGAGCGUGUUGGCUAGUGUAGGCUCUGAAAAUGAGCUUGUAAAAUGUUUGGACUGCUCAGAGCGAGGCAGAAAAGUUGAAAUACAUACAGGCAUUUCAUCGAACACCUCAACUACAUUACCGGGUUCAAAUGGUAAGCAGGAAAAUUUAACAUCUUUAGAUGACGGGAAUGAUUGUGAGAAACCCUUGAACCCUGACUCCGUGAUUGUUGAAGGAAAAUCAUUGGAAAAGUCAUCUUCUGUAUCCACGGACUGCAACAAUAAUUCAAGUUCCGAUGCUGUAAAUGGCGUUGACAAUGGAGAAAGUGUCACCGCUGUAAAAGAGAAUGUGUUCAGUUAUGGUGACAAAGAGAAGGAGCGGUUUAACAAGAUUCUUAAACAGUAUGAAGGAACUCACAAUUUUCAUAAUUUCACCACAAGAACCAAGGCAGCUGAUCCUUCUGCUAACCGCUACAUUAUCUCGUUUCAUGCUAACACAACAGUGACAGUUGAUGGGAUCGAAUUUGUCAAAUGUGAAGUUGUUGGGCAGAGCUUUAUGCUUCACCAGAUUAGGAAGAUGAUCGGUGUUGCUGUUGCAAUUAUGAGGAACUGUGCCCCAGAAUCAUUGAUGGAAACAGCUCUACAACAGGAUGUUAGAAUCACUGUCCCAACAGCUCCUGAAGUUGGUUUAUAUUUAGACGAGUGCUUUUUCUCAUCAUAUAACCAAAAAUGGAAAGACACCCAUGAAGAAGUGUCCAUGAAAGCUUACACAGAGGAGGCAGAGGAAUUCAAAUUAAAGCAUAUUUAUUCUCACAUUGCAUCAACAGAGCACAAAGAAGGAGCUGUCGCUGUUUGGCUACACUCUUUAAACUACCGAAAUUAUCCAGAUUUAUGCUCCCAGGAGAAUGGUUCACCAACCACUCAACUCGAAGCAACAACUCGGUGCAAUCCGGACAUUUUAAAUCAUAAUCAAAAGGCAAACCCCUCCAAAAAGCCCGAUCCUAUGCUUGCUUUAAUCACAUCGGGUCGCGUUCGCAUUUGGCCUUUACCUUUACAUUGGAAGACAACAAUUUCCGAGGUAAAUUUAGACCAUCUCGCCACAACAAUCAAGAAUCGCCUCAACCGAAUUUUCCCAUACCUUUUAGAACUCGGGAACCGCGAUAACCACUAUCGCGGUUCCGAGGCCGAUAUUAUCGCCGAUGUCAACAUUUUGGUCGACACUGCGAUGGCGGUCACUUACAACCGACUCCGUAAAAUUCUCCAACGUUACGACCCGACCGCUUUCGCCGCCAGGAUGAACCCUCGAUCGCCUUAUAGCAACCGCUUUAAGUUUCCAACCUUUUUAUCUUCAGUUUUAAGUAGCAUCGGGCCUCUAAGAAUAACCGAUGGCCCGGUAAAUGCGCAUGUCGUGUACGCCACGUCAUCCGCCACAUGUCGAAACUACGGGCGGGCCGAGCAGUUCAACUUUAGUAGUCGUUACGAUCACUUUAUUGAAUGUCUAGAGGCAAUGGGGGUACCAUGUGCUCCGAUUGACGUGAAGUCAACCGACUGCGGGUCGUUUUUCUCGACUGUGAUCCCGACUUUUGAACACGGUGUGUGGAGGUUCACGGCCCCGUUUCAUCACUCGCAUUAUGAGCCGAAAGAUAUCGUGAGUGCUUGGCUAACGCAAAAUGACGAUCCUGCCCUUCGGGCUUUUGAGGAUUUGAGUGUGACGAUCGGGUUGUGUACUGAUCCUAAGGUGGUUGAUGCGGUUGCUGGUGUGGACGGGGAUGUGGGGUCUACACGGUUGAUUGGUGGGACGUUUCCGGUGAAUGUUUCCGGGAUACGACCCGCGGGGUGUGGGUCCGACCCGGCUGGAGUUUAUAUUGUUGGACGGGGUAGUGAACGUUACUAUUGCACUUUGCUUGCUCAAAGAAUCUGUCCAGACGAAAUGUAUUCGUUGUUGCGAGAAUAUAUUUUCCAUCCACCAAAGGAGAGUACAAGUUUUUAGGCGUGGUGUACAAACAAUGAUGUUAUGCAAGAAUUGUGUAUUACUCGUUUUUGUGACAAUUCCAACCAUUGAGUUAA